UCGAUAUUCUGCUCAAAUAUUGACUUCGCGAUUGUGAGUGGUGUCGCAAGCCGAGUCGUGCAGUACGGUGCAGUAGACGGCGAUGCUCUUUUAAAAACCGCGUCCCCGAAGAGUGAUACACAAAGUGCUGUUAGGCGAGGCGACAAUCGGAGUAUCCUGGAGACAAGGACCAAGGAAAAUGCUGUUGGCGGCUGUGCUUUUAGGAUUGACCCUAGGUCUCUCCCACGCGAGCAUCCCAGCCCUCGAGUCGACUCCGAGUUCCUUCAACAAUCAUGGAGUUCCACGAUUGGAUUUGGAUAGUCUGGAAAGCGGAUACCACGGUUUGGUGAAGGAAAACGAGACUCUGGUCGAGGUAACGCCGCAGAUUCGUGCUUUGGGUGCCAAGGUAUGCUCCUUCCGCAUCGCAAACAAACAUCACGGCGAGGCACCGUUCGAAAUUGUCCUGAAAGAGAAAGGAAUGGCGGAGCUGAGAGCUCUACGAGUCCUGAACUGCGAGAAAAGGCGCAACUACAAGUUCGACGUCCAAGCUGUUGGCUGCAAUGGCGCGUUUUCAGAAAACGCCACGGUGCACAUCACAGUAGUGGACGUGAACGAGUAUGCUCCACAAUUCCUUCAGCCAGCCUACGUCAGCACAGUGGACGAAGGCAGACUCUACGAAGAAGUGGUACGCGUGGAAGCCUCCGACAGGGACUGCACUCCGAAAUUCGGAGACGUGUGUAAAUACGAGAUCCUGACUGCGGAUCAGCCCUUCAUCAUCGACAACGAGGGAGCCAUACGCAACACAGAACCCUUAGACUACGAACGUUCCCAUAACUACAUCCUUAGCGUGGUCGCGUACGACUGUGGCAUGAAGCAAUCAGCUCCAGCCAUGGUGACCGUCAAGGUAAACCGUGUCUGCGCUCCAGGAUGGCGAGGGAUCCCAGAAAGGGUAGACUACGCCGCUGGAGUAUCCUCUCAACCGUUGCUCCCCUCUGCAAAGCUAGACCUCUGCGACGCCCCAUGUAUACUGCGCAACGUCAGAGCUACUCUAACCCUCGCCACGGAUCAUAUAGGCAAGGGCUGCGACCGUGACACCUACGGCGUCCACAGCCAACGCAAACUAUGCGGCGCAUCUCGCGAGAGCGUCGAUUUACUACCCACCCCUGGACCCACCACUUCCUGGACUGCCUCUCUGUCCAGGGACGAGGGCAGGGAAGCUGACGAAAUAUUCGAAUUCGACGGGGUCGACUCGGCCGCCAUUAUACCUAGCGACGUUCUGGAGCACACCUUGGCUCAGAAAUUCACGAUUGGAGUGUGGGUGAAGCACAGACCCCGCCCUAGACAGGAUCCACACCUCAAGGAACAUAUCCUGUGCGCUGCAGACGAUCACAAGAUGAACAGACAUCACUACGCCCUGUUCAUCAGGAACUGCAGGUUGAUCCUGCUGCUCAGACGAGACUUCUCCGAAGGCGACCCGAACAUCUUCAGACCCGCUGAGUGGCGUUGGAAGCUGGUCCAAGCCUGCGACGACAAGUGGCAUCACUACGCCGUCCAGGUCGACUUCCCUCAUGUAACCUUGUACGUCGACGGAGAAGAGUGGCACACGGACGAGAAGAAUCCAGAGGUGAUCGACGACUGGCCCCUGCACCCCGCGAAAGGCGUCAAUACGACCCUAGUCGUCGGUGCCUGCUGGCAGGGCUCCGACAACAAAACGAAACACCACUUCCGCGGGUAUCUGGCUGGACUCUCGGUUCUGGUUGGAAGAAACGAAAAGCCAGACGUGCUGUCCUGCCUGCGUCGUUGCCAGGAGGGCAUCCGUGUCCCGUCGAUGGACCUGCUUCAGCCAGGAACUCAAUUACUCACCAACUCAGACCUGACGGAGGUCCGAAUCGACGGGGACAACCGCACCAACGUGGAGACGCUGAUCCGUCGCAUCGGGUACUCCAACUCCAGACGAUUCCCUACGCCAGGUCGGCGUAAUUUCCGUCUGGAAACGACCAUCGUCUGCGAGGGCAGCGAGAACAAUCCUCUUCCUGUCCCUACGGUUCAAUCGUACGUCACUGUCCUGCCUCCACCGCGACCUGGAAUAACCGUUAACGGCACAGGCUACGUGGCCAGGGAGUACGCAGACUUCCGUCUAGGUGUCAGGGUAUUCCCUGACGCCCGUGUCACCGCUGGCUCCGCCGCCAGGCUGGAUGCCUGUGCCGUCAGCGUCUAUCCAAGCCUGAACCCCGAUCACGAGAGCCUAGGUCUGCCUGGAGACGCCCUACGCAGAAUCCACUCCAUCGCCGCGCGAGUAGACAGAGAUGGCGUCGUCCUCUCGGGCGCUGACACGCCGUACAAUUACCAGCAGCUGAUACGUCUGAUCAUGUACACCAAUCGUAAGCCUGCUUACUACCUGGAUCGCGUGUUCAAGCUGACCUGCUCAGAGCUCAGCGGCCGUUUCGCCAGCAACGAGUACGUGCAGACGUUGGCUGUUAUUCAUCCUAAAGAGAAGACCACAGCUGUUCCUCGUUCCACGCCCGACGAGCCACCUAUAGCUAGAAUCCUGGAGCCCAUACCUGGCCACGCGCAACUCUCUCCUCAUCACGCGGAACUCCCCGAGGAAUACGCCACCACCAUCCUGCGCGAGGGUAACAGGAGCAUCGGAGCAGGCGGCAGCCACGCCGUCACCAUCGUCGCUGCUGCCUGUAUCUGUUUCUUGCUGCUGAUGGCGAUGGUCGGUGCAGCAAGGGUCAGAGGAGCCGCGAAACGUCGAAGAUCCGCUGGAGACGAACUGGCUGCCGAGACUGAGAUGGCCUGGGACGACUCUGCACUCGCCAUUACCGUCAAUCCUAUGGAGAGGCUCACCGAACACGAUCCUCAUCAUCCCAGUCAGAGAGAGGAGGACGUCGACGACUCUGGAAGCUCCGACUCCGAAGAUGGCUCGUACAGAGACGACGACUUGGACAGCUCGGACUGCGAGAACGACUGCGAGCUGAGCAACGGACAACAUCGCAGCCACGACUUGGAAUGGGAUCACCGCGACGUUUAAAUUACUAUUCCUCUGCGUUCAUCCCUCCCCUUUCUUUGCGUCAGCGGUCGAGCAGAGCGCUAACCUGUUAUAGAGAGUAAUUUUGCUUUGUUUUUAUUACUGCUGAUUAGUUGCUCGGAUCGUUCCAUUUGGAAUCUGACGUUCGGAGAUUGUUUAUUUCCUAAUGACACCAAAAAUGUUCGAUUGGUGCAAACGUAAUUAUUUCCGCAUCGAGCUGAUAGUUGGAUUUUUCACCGUAUUCCUAUCUAAAGGCGAGAGGUCGUGUUGUAUCCGUCCCCAUUAAUGAAAUUUGUAUCGUUGACGCCAGCUAUUGUUAUGGUUAGCGCUCUGCUUCGGAGCCAGUAAAACUUGCAAGAGUGCGGGACGCUUUACCGAAUAAUUCAACUCUUUGUAUCCACUUUACAAAGAGUACUUAAGUUUGCUGGGAAUCUCUCCCGUUAUUUAUGUCACUCAUUAGUACUAAUUAUUAUUGUUUUCUUCAUUAGUAGUAGUAGUAAUAGCAGUAGGACAAAGGGAACUUGUUUUGUAUACUCUCGAUUAUCUUCUCCGCCAUUUAUUCCACUGUUAUACAUUUUUCUAUCGCUAACCGUAUUAGCCGUUACUACUACUUUCGUUUAUCGACACGGAGGCCCGAUAAUUGCAUACCGUAACGCCAUAAUCAAAGGCGAUUUACCACGUAACGAAAUUUUUAAGCGUAUUUCAUAUUUGAUCUCGUAAGUACGUAUAUUCUGUGUCGUUUUUUUUAUUCGAGGAAUACGUUUUUGUAAUUAGUAUUAAAACCAAAAGAAUGUUUCUUUACUCUGGAUCGGGCCGUGCUAUCGUACUUGCCCAAUUGUGCGUUUUACUUUUAAGCGAGAAAAUCCGUAAUAAUUUGCACAAUGUUCCUUCCUGAUUGAUCUAUGAACAAAAAAAAAAGAAAAAGGAAAAAAGAAAAUUGUAGCUUCUAGCGAGGACAUUGCCGCGCGUCUUACGAUAGUGCUUCACCAUUAAAAUACGGUAUAAUAAUAAUCAUAUCCGUAUACAUGUGUGCGCAUGCAUAUAGAUUUGUAUGCAAAAAUCCGUUGCGUAUAGAGACUGUAUGAAGUACAUAUAUGUGUAUGCGCAUGAGACACGUGUACUUACAUGUACAUACAGUGUCCGAUCAUUAUUCUGUGGUGAGAUUAGCAGCCUUGAAUAGGUGGAGAAACGAUUGUUCCAAACAAUGCGCAGCGAUCGACCUCGGGCUGGUUAUAUCGUUUGUUAUUUUUUUAAACAAUUAUCGUGCAAUCGCUCUUUUCAUAGAGAAACUGAUUUUUACGUGCCUUUAUGCAAGCUAGUAUGUUGAAUUCUACUCUGUAUCUUAAUAGCGAAACUCGUCGACUGAUUUCUCGUCAGUACAUUCGCAAAUUAGGCGAACCGCAACUGCUCUACUGUUGUUGUUGUAUUUUAAACAUUACUGUUAUAACGGCAUAGGUGUUAAGGAACGGGCGCAUAGAGAUAGGCGGACAUUUGUCCACGAUGCUCUUCUACGUUCUACAAACUGUAAUGCAUCCGUAAUUGUAAUGUAACGUAACUACGUAUUUACGUAUCUAUGCGUUACCGAUUUCAAUGAAUCUGUAUUCCACGCACGGAAACGUGUCUGUGUCGACGAACGUAGAAGAUCGUCGUGUAAAAUGCCUAGUACGUGCAAUGAUCCGCAGGGUAUUAAUUCUGACUAAAUGAUCUCGUUAACGACUGCGCAUUCAUACUCGCUACGAAGUAAUGAAAGGAUCUUAUGUAUGUAUUCAUGUAUUUAGAGUUAUACCGGUCGGAUAUUUAGUACUGAAAGUUUGUGUACGGAUAUCUAUAUUCAUAGAAACUAUAUGAACAAUUUAUUUUUCCAAUGAGCAUAUCAUAUCAUUUUUAUAAGAGAUUUGUCGAAUGUUUGAAAAGCUACCAUAGCCACUCGCUAUAUCAUCGUGUUACUUGCCAUAAUCGCUACUUAUUUCACGCUCUUUCUUCAACGAUAGUUUUCUUAUAAACCUUCGAGUAUACAUAUUACAAUUAUACAUCUCUUAAGCUCAAAUUGAAAAGGAACAAAUGUUGAAAAUGUCCCUGAACAAACAACAAAAACCUAAGCGUUAAGCCUGCACUGUACGUGUAACUGGAAAUGUGAAUUUGUAAACGUUUCAUUUCGUUACAAUGAUAUCGGUGAACAAACGUCGCCAUGUGUUUGUAAUCAAGCCUGCGCAUAUAUACCUAUGUGUGUAAACUACAAACAUUUAUUUAUAAAUGUUCGGUUCGAGUCGAUAUGGAUUUUAAUUAUGUAAAUCUCGGGGAUCCUACUCGAAAGGAACGGUUCCAAUCUUUCUGUAAGAGCAUCCGCUAACGCUAUAAAAAUUCGUUUGUGAGAUUCCUUUUUAAUCGCACAAGAGCAUCCUUUCUUGAGUCUUUUAUAUAAGUAUAAAAUGUAAAAAAAUUGCACAAAAGAGACUACCAGCUUUUGGCAUGAUGUAUUCUCCGUCACUUGGUCUAAUGAGUCACUCGAGACAAAAGGAAACCUCUAAAAAAAGAGAAUAACAACACCAUCGCAACCUAACUAGGUGUACACACUUGCUCUAAAGAUGUACUUAAUUAUAUAAUUACGAAGGAAAGGAACUACACAAGAACAAAAACCAACUAGAUUAUACUAUUAUAAUAUAUAUUAUAUAUAAAAAAAUAUAUAUAUAUAUAUCUAAGCUGUUUGCAAAUGAUGAUUAUAAAAUGGAAAGAAACAGAGGGGAAGGUAUGAAUUUGUAAUGUAACUAUUGUAUUUUGUAGGCAGCUAGCGUAUACAUAUGCACAUGUAUAAGUGUAUGUAUGUUUACGUUUAUAAAUACUAUUAUACUAUUAUAUUUACACGUACCGUUCGCCUAAGAUAGUCAGCAGAAUGUUUCAGAUAAAUCCAAGUUUAGAAGAAAGAAAACCAAUCCUAUGGUGACGGUGUGAGAAACGAAGUAACUACCAACCAGUUAGGCUGUAAGCGAACAACUACAAGCCAACAAAAUUCCCUCCCAUCGCAGAUUGAUUGUGUGUUAACUAAUAAGAUUAAGUAACGUUAUGUAGUAGAAUUAAGGGAUUUAAUUAAUAAUACUAUCUGUACGCUGGACUAGUUCCAGGAGAUGAAGUAUAUGGCUGAGGAUUACCUUCAGUAUAACAGGACACACUACUGGGCGCACAGAAACGUAAAAAUUACAUUGUUAAUUCAGCAAUUGAAGCUCGUUCGACAAGAGAAAUAUUAGCAAUAGACUGUAAACACAGAAUAUACACUCUCACAUACACACAGACAUAUGCGGCCAUGUAUACACGCUGCACAGGCUAGGAAAGUGAAAUACUAUCUGUAACGACAUAUUAUAAAUAAUUAUUAAGACGUCAACUGUAUUUGUUUAAUAAAGAUGUACAUUCGAAAA